AAUUUGCAAAUAACAGAUCUUGUCAAUCUUUUACUGGAAGGACAUAAACCAACUACUGAUAGUUUUAGAAGUAUCUCCUAUGGUGGGUAUUCAAGUUCUUAUUUAGGAGUUCAAAUACCUGUACAACAAUAUUCAAGUAAUUAUCAUCAAGUUGGUGAUUAUCUCAAUGAAUCAUUAGCUUCAUUACCUGGAAGUCAAGUUCCAAGUGGUCGAGAAAGUCCUGAAUCACAUUUUGAAAUAGACUAUGGAAGUAGUAGUAGUAGUGUACGACAUCACCACAAGGUAGCUUCAGAAACUGGAAGAAUGAGUUCUGUGCAAAAUAUGAUGCGACAUAUAGCUGGGACUAAUCUAGACGGAAGUGGAUUGCGUAGUCAAGAAUCGGAAGGUAGACUACUGGAUCGUUUCCGUGAACUCUUAAUGCAUGGUUUACCAAUGAAAGCAUUAGAACAUGCAUGUCGUUCAAAACUAUGGGGUCAUGCAUUCACAUUGGCGCAUCGAAUGGGUCCUGGAACAUUUACCAAAUCGAUUAAUACAGCAGCUUAUGGACGAGGUAUCGACAAUGGAGAUUGGCGACCACAUUUAGCUAUGAUAUUAGCCAGUCAAUCAUCAUCUUCAUCAUCCUCCUCAUCAUCAUCAUCUCAGCUGAAUUUAUCACUUUCAGCUUUAGAACGUCUUGGUGAUAGUUUAUUAUCAAGAAAACAAGUAUAUGCCGCACAUUUAUGUUAUCUAUUAAUGAAUUCCUUACUGAAAACUACCAACAAUCAUGAACAACAACCACAAACUGGAUAUCAUUUACCAGGUAAAAUUUGGUUAAUCGGUGUUCAACAACCGUUUACUUCUUCUCCUACAAUCAAUAGUGUUGAUCAUACUUCAGAUACAUUCCAUAAAGAUAUCACUACUACUACUAAUAAUAAUAAUAAUAGUAAUAUCUUAUCUCCAUUAUUUGCUACAUCGGAAUCCAUUCAAUUGACAGAGAUUUAUGAAUAUUCUAUGCAACUAGCUAAUCGUAAAUUUCAUUUACGUCAAUUAUUGGUAGGUUUUUGUGUUUUGAAUGUGUUAAUUUUUCGUCUUUUUGUGUUAUGA